CGCGGAAACCACAGCCUCGAGUUUGUCCUACUGUUAACAGAGCAAAAGGGGCGAGACAGACAGAACAAUGCAUCGAUACAUUGCAGGCUGAGACAUCGGCUUUGCACCUUGUGCUUUCAUUUGCUCGUCUAUUUCGCAUUCGCUCUUUGCAUCUCUCAAUCGGCUUAUUGACAAUCCCGUUUUGCUCCGUCGCUUAUUUGCUCCGAGGCUGUGCCCUCCACUAUGGCUCAAAACAACACAUGUGCCAAUCCAUUGCUGCUCGAGUGGGUUAAGGAAUGGUAUGAAACGGCCCGGGAGCGCAACUCCAAGGGCGUCACCACCUACAAGCAUGCCUACGACUCUCUCAAGGCCUGCCCCAUCGCUUUCGGGCACCCCGCGUCGCUCCAGCAGCUGAAGGGCUUCGGCCCCAAACUGUGCGAGCGGCUUACCGAGAAGUUGCGGGAGCACUGCCAGCAGAAUGGCCUGCCUAUGCCGCCUCAUCCGCGCGGUAAGAAGCGAGCGUACAGAGCAGUCCUUCCGGGGGAGAACGAAGCGGAGGAUGAACCGGCGCCGCAAGCGAAGAAGGCAAGGAAGGCCAAGCCCUAUGUUCCGGCCUACCGGUCCGGCGCAUAUGCGCUGAUGGUUGCCCUUGCGAGCGCUGGCGAGGAGGGCCGAGGGAUGCCCAAGGCUGAGCUGAUUGCUGCGGCUCAGCCGCACUGCGACGCAUCCUUUACGGCCCCGCCCGACCCUACCAAGUUCUAUACCGCAUGGGCCUCGAUGAAGACGCUGCUCGCGAAAGAGCUAGUCUAUGAGCGGGGCCAUCCUUUGAAGCGGUAUUGCCUGACAGAUGAAGGCUGGGAAGUGGCCAAGAGGAUUCAACAGACGACUGGUCCUCAAGCUAGCACCAGCGACUCAAGUGCGAGCAACGCAGCUGCCACGCCCAGCACAUCAGCCGCACCGCUUGCAACAAGUGCUCGACCAACAGUCACGCCAGCGAUUGUACUGGAUGACGAGGAGGACGUCGCUUCCCAGCCACCCAAAAAGUCGGAAUUUGGGGACGUGGUAGCAGAUGGGACUGCCGUGCCUGACGAUGCGGCCCUGCCGUCAUUCACUCCGAUUAUACUGGCUCCCGGGUCGUUUACUGUCGAGCUAGUGCUUGACAACCGGGAGAUCAGAGCGAAGACAGACAGGGACUACAUGCAAGAGGAGCUGGCCAAGCGGGGCAUUGAACCUACCGUUCGCUCCCUCGAGCUGGGCGACGUCCUCUGGGUUGCACGAUGCAAGAACCCUGGCUGGUUGGAUCGAGUGGGCGCAGAAGGCGACGAGGUGGUCCUUGACUGGAUCGUCGAGCGGAAGAGGCUGGAUGACCUCAUAGGCUCCCUCCGGGACGGCCGUUUCCACGAGCAGAAGUUCCGGCUGCGACGGUCAGGGGUGAAGAACGUCAUCUACCUAGUGGAGGAGAUUAGCAUGGACGCGGCGCACUUCCAGAAAUAUGAGGAGGCAGUCCAGUCGGCCAUGGCAUCCAUGCAGGUAGUGGACGGCUACUUCUUGAAGAGGACGCAGAAGAUGGACGACACGAUCCGCUACCUCGCAUCGAUGACCAAGAUGCUCAAGACGAUGUACGAGGGGAAGAGCCUCUACGUGAUACCAACGGGAGUUCUGACAGCCAAGAAUUACCUACCCCUGAUGAAGCACCUGCGAGAGACGCAGCGGUCGGCCAGCCACCACAUCAGCUAUCCGGCGUUUGCCUCGCUCGCGUCCAAGUCGAGCAACAUGUCUCUGCGGGACCUGUUCCUGAAGAUGUUGAUGUGCUCCAAGGGAGUGACGGGAGAGAAGGCGAUCGAGAUUCAGAAGGUCUGGAAGACGCCGAACGAGUUCGUCAAGGCAUAUGAGCAGUGCGGCGCGGGCGAGGAAGGGAAGAGGCGCAAAAUAGACCUGGUCUCCAGUAAGCUGGGGCAUCUGGUUGGGCGGAAGAAGAUAUCCAAAGCCAUGAGCCAGAAAUUGGCAGAGGCUUGGGGCGAGGUGUGAUUGCAGGGAGAGCUUCACAGGCUAGGUAGGCGAUGCGCAAAACACAGAGAUACCCCAUGAC